AUGAAAUUUAUAGUAUUUGAAUAGUUGUCAUGCUUAGCCCAUUUAACUCAUAAUACCCAACCAUCUGACUUUUGGAUUAUCUUGAUUGCUUUCAUUACCAAUCUUUAAUACCUUUCAAUUAUGUUGCCUAUUAGUGGUUGGAAUUUAUGGAAAUACAGCAAUGGGCACUUUUACCUCUUAUCAAAACUUGCUCAAGCCUCCUUGAUUAUUCCUUUUGGUUUUGAAUCUAAUUUUAACUUUGGAGAUAUUGCAUUUGGCUUUGUCGCUUUACUUCUGCUCACCUUUAUUACGAUUAUCAUUAUCUUAGUGAUCCUGGGAAUACUAGAUGAUAUCAAUCCUCUUUAACAUUAUUCGCUUAGAAAACUCAUUUUCUAUUUCUUUAUGCUCAGUACUACUAUAUUUCAGUUGCCAAUCAUAUUCCUAUUAAUUCCUUUCAUCAUGAUAGGAAGAACCAAUUUUAAUUAAGAGUUGACAAUUUUUAAUGUGAAAAGUAUUUUGAGUCUAGUAACACUAUUUAUAUUCUCAAUAUUUGUAUUUUUGCAACAAUAUUUUUUGAGGGCUUACACAUUCGUGCCUUUUAAUUAUUUAUAGUAGAAGUUUAAUGGACUUCAAUCAAUUUAAUACUGUCUCUCGAUUUUAAUUGCAAUAUUGUACUUAGUUGAUUCUGAUACAAUCGUCUAAUAUAUUCAAAUAGUAAUCAUAUUCCUAGACAUAAUUUUGAGAUUAGUAGAAUCCUAUUUCAUGAAGCCUUCCAUUCCCUUUGUUAAUCAAUUGCAAUUCUCCUUGAAUUUUACUCUAAUUGCAACCCUAAUUAUUUUAAGUAUAAACAUCUUAACUAAUAAUGAACAACUUUUCUAAGAGGACCAACUUAUUUAUGUGCUCAUGCUAUUGUGUCCCAUGACAUUUCAUUUAAGUAACUAAUUUUACAUCAUGAAAUGCUUAUCAGUCUUUGAUUAUGAAGUAACACCUUUCACUUGCAUACAUUACACCUAAGAAAUGCAUUUCAAAUAUUUAAUAACUUCUGAUUACCAAAGAAGCAAAGAAUUCUUUGAACUUUACCAAUAUUGGAAGGGUCAUAAGGUGGUUUGUUAGAAACAUUGGUUAAAGUAGAAUUAUAAGACAGAUUACAACCAGAUUUAAAGAACUCAUCAAACUAUCUUCUGUAUCCUAAAUACAGAAUUAGAAAGAGCAUAGUUAGACCCAAGAACAGCUUAUGAAGAAUUGCAACUCUUGUAUAUAAGUUAUGUGGCUUAAUUCUGCAGAAAGCCACUCUUAGCUUAUGUUGAAUUAAAACGGUAUCAAAGCAAAUAAUAAAUUCAAUCUUUUUACUUUGUUUCCAUUCGAGAUCAAAUGAGCGUUUACCUUUAAAAUCUAAUCAAAAAUCAAUAAUAAACUAAUUAAUAAUUAUAUGGAUAAUAAAAGGUUGCUAUGACUGAACGACAAUUAAGUAUUUAAUCAAUCUUUGAAGCUCUAUAAUUUUAAGAUAAAUUCAUUCCUAGCAUUAUAGAGUUAUUAAAUGAUAAGAUCAAUUUUUGGAACAGGUAAAUUAAAGGGUUUAAUAAUAUUUAUGAAUUAGAACGAUUAGCUAUAAAUUAAAGCAAAAAGAUCUUUAAUUUAGCUAGUUAAAUUAACUAAUAUUGUUCAAUAGAUAUUAAGAAUCUGGAUCAUUUGUCUAUUUCUAAUAAUGUACAGGAUUUGAAAUUGGUCUCCAUUUUCUGUAGUGCCAUUAUGAAUGAUUAUUAUAGUACUCAAAUAUGUGAAACUGCUAUUAGCGAAAUUUAUAACAUUGAACAUACACUUUAAGAAGAUACGAUAACCAAUCUAUCAUUCAUUUAAGAAAGAGCAGUAAUUCUGAUGUUAAGUUUGGUUAAGAAUAGAGGCAAGAUAAUCAAUCAAGAUAAAAAGAUGAUAGCUUAGUUUUUUGAUUAUAGUGAAUAGGAGUUUGCCCAAAUAGACAAUAUAUCAGGGAUUAUGCCUAGUUAUUUUGCAGAAAAGCAUGAUAAAUUAUUAUUAAAUUAUUUGUAAACUGCAAAGUCUCAAUUCUUUGAUGAUUACAAUUAAGUAUUUGGAUAAUCAAAGGAUGGCAUGAUAAUUUCGUAUCAACUUAAAUUGGAUAAUAAUUUUAGUGAACUGGAUGACUAUGUUUUGAUUGGUUGUCUAUCAUAAGUAAAAAAAUCAUCAGAUUAUCUACUAUUUAAUGAAGAUGGAUUUGUAAUUGGAAUGACUGAGAAUUUUUAUUCAACAAUUAUUGAUUCUAAAGAUUAAUCAUAUAGAAUAUUACAUGAAAAUUUGAGACAAUUAAAUGCUUUUUUUAUGCUCCCCAACAUGACGGAUAUAUUGAAUGAGUUAAAAAAUUCAUAUGGAAAGGAUUCCAUCUAUAUUUAGUAAGACAAGUUUUAUAAGAUCUGGAAGUAUAACAAUAACAAGGAUUUAUAUGAGAUGUCUGCUAAAUUAGCUUAUUCAUCUAAAUAAAACUCAUUUAUCAAUGAUAGUAGCUUAUUUAAAUCUCGAGCCUCCUUUGCUUCAAUCGAGAAAGAAAAGGCUGAUAUUCAAAUAUACUAAUAACUUGGGUAAUCUUUAAGUGAGAAUAAAAAGUUAAAAGGAGUUUCACUCCUAUAAGCAUUAACAAUUUAUAGUAUUGCAUUCAAUAACUAAAUAAUGAAUUCAUUAUAAGUUUUAGAAACUAAACCUAAACAAUAAUAUGUUGCUAAGAUUAAUGCAGUGUAUAAAAUAAUUGGAAAAAAGGAGAAUAGGAAAAGUUACUUCAUUUUAGAAAUAAAUGAUAUGAGGAAGGCUGAUGAGUUUUUUAAGACUAAUGAUUCCCUUAUGAAUAAUUAGCAUACUAUUUCGAUAUAGACAACUAACAAGGCUAAAACCAUGCCUGGUGCUUAAGAUCUAAGUGAAAGCAACUUGGGAACUAUGAAUGUAGACAAAGAAGAAGUUACACCUAAUAUUUCCAAGUAAUUCUAACCUGGAAUUUAAAGACUUUUGAACAAGUUUGAGGGUAAGAAUUAUGUAUAAUAAAAUUACAUGGAUUUAAUGGGAAUGGAGUCAGCAAGAGAUAGUAUCAGUUAUGGCCCUUUAUCUCAAAGAAUCAAUUUCAUCAGUCCAUCUUCAAAGUAAUAACAUAUGUAGGAAUUGAUAGAUAAAGACUUUAUGGAUAUUUAAAAUUAACUAGAAAUUGGAAAUGAAGAAAUAGGUAAUGAUAUCGAAAUGGCUGAUUCGUCAAAAGUCAAAAGCAACAGUAAAGAUCAAAAUUAAAAGAGCAAUAAUCUUAUUGAAAUAUUACAGAAAAAUAAAUUAAAUUAAAAAAAUGAAGAAAUAGAUAGAGAAGCUAAAAAAUCAAAAUCAAGCAUUACUUCUGGAACCUCUGGGAUUUCUGCCAUGUCGACAAUCAAGAAAUUUUAAUCGAAGACUGAAAUGACAAAUAGUCUAAGAGUUUUGGUGUCUAUCAAUAUUAUUAUUAUAAUGAUAGUCCUUGCAUAUAUAAUAGCACAUUUAUUGAAGAUAUAAUCAUACAACAAUUAAACUUAAUUAACACUCUCAAAUAUUAAUGGGCCAACCCUGUUUAAUAGGUAUUUUUUUAAAGUUUUCACUUAUACAUGGAGUUUAGUUUUUAACACUCUUGGUAUUAUUGAGAGUAGUGAUUUUUUGAUUACUUAAACCAUCUCUGAGAUGAAAGACUUAGCUUCUGUUAUGUUCUCUAAUUUAAGGAAUAUGUAUGAUACCUUUAUUGGAAUAGAAUAAUCAGGAAUGCUGAGCUAAAUCAAUUUGGAUUUUCUGUAUUAGAGUAACGAGAAUGUUACAUAUACUUAUUUUAUCAAUAUCAUUUCUAAUGUGGCUGAUACUUUGUUUCAAGCUCUCAAUUAUAACAUGUAGACACUGAUCUAAUUAAUUGAUCGAAAUUACAUAGACAAUUUAUUGAUGCUUCGAUAUAAUUUAAAAAAUGUUGUGGAUAUGAAUUUUCAAUUAAUAGAUUCCCUUAAUGAAUUGUUCUUUAGAUAACAAUAAAAUUAGUUAGAAGAAUUCUAGACAUAAAUCAUAAUAGAAAUAAUUUUAUUGGUCUUAAUACUAAAUUGCUAAUUAACCUAUUGGAGAUAAAUAGAAUAAUAUAGUUAAUAAAUAUUGAUCUUAGUUGGCAGGCUAUAAAUAAAUUAGGCAUAAGAUAUGAUAACAAGAUUCACAGCAGUCACAGAAACAUUAAAGCAAUUAUCUGGAAAAUAUGGGUGGAAAAAGUAAAAUUAUUAUAAACUACUUUUCUUUCCUUUGAAUUAGAUUGGGAUCGAGGCAAUGCAAACAUAAUCUAGAGUACUUAAAGAGUAUCAAUUAUCUUAGGUUGGAAUGUAAUCUAUAAAGUUGAAUCACAUUAUAGAAGAUAGGAAAAAUUAUAAAAAAAACCUAAACGUAGUACUCAAUUCUAAAAUUAACAACCCUAAUACUACUUUAUGGAGUGCAACCAUUAUAAUAAUCAUAACUUGUCUUAUCUUCUUAUUUUAUCUAUUAGGAGGUUUUCUAGUAUUUAAGAAAUAAUAAAAUGAUUUACUACCUACAUAAUAAUUAACUCUGGGCUUUAUUCGUUUUACUUCGCAAUUGGAUAUAGUUGUUAGCACAGCCUUCAUCACAAAAACUUAACCCAUUUUAUAUAACAAAUUGGUUGAACUAGAAUUUUACACAGAUAAAGAAAUGGAAACUUUUAGGGACUAAAGAGUAAUCAUUAAAAUCUUCAUCUCACUUUAUUCAAAUUAUUUUGAAAAUAUUACAUAAAUUUAUGAAAAUAUUAUAGAAUCUAACAAGAUUACGUAAGAAGAUGAACAAGUACUAUUAUUGUUAUAUUCUAAUGAUUUUUGCGAGUUGUUAAGUAGUGACAUCCCGUUUUGCAAUUAUGAUAAUACUACUAAUUUUUAUGAAAUAUAUGGAACUCCAACGCGUUUAGAUGAUAAUAGAGAUUACUUAAGCAAAGGAAUUUAGGGAGUUGUCAGUAGAUUGGAUUCCUUUUUCAAAUAAAAUUAUUAUUAUGAAACCAACUAAGCUGAUUACUUUCCAGACUUAAAUGUCGUAUUAGAUCUUUUUAAUACAAGAGAGUUUACAAACACUUUGAUCGAACAUUUUUUAGAUACUACAGAUGGAACAAACUUAUUCAUAGAUACAUUAAUGAAAGCUGUAAUAAGUAUUACUUAAAAUGAUCUAAAUUCGUUAUACACUUAUUAUUUAGUAACUGGAUUGAUGCUAUUGUUGAUGUAUCUUGUAUUUUAUGGCUGCUGGAUAUAUAGAACAAAUUAAAGACUAAUUUAGUUAAGAUUAAUUUUAACCAAUUUGCCGAUAGAAGUACUGACAGAGCAACAUACGUUAUCAUUACUAAAGAAAUUGUAAUGA